AUGAGUAUAUAUAUAUAUAUAUAUAUAUAUAUAUAUAUAUAUAUCGCUCGGAACAGUUGUUUUAUCUCACCAAGCAUUGUAGGUGUUGAUGUUGUCAUCGCUACCCCUGGCCGCUUAUUGGAUUUUUUGGAAAGUCGAACUACAAAUCUUAAGAGGUGUAGUUACCUCGUACUUGACGAGGCAGAUCGCAUGCUGGAUAUGGGCUUCGAGCCCCAAAUCAGAAAAAUUGUUUCCCAGAUACGUCCGGACAGACAAACGCUGAUGUUUUCUGCAACGUGGCCAAAAGAAGUUCGAUCACUAGCUGCAGAUUUCCAAAAUGAUCAUGCUUUCUUGAAUGUUGGUUCGCUCGAAUUAGCUGCUAAUCAUAACAUCACGCAGUUUGUGGAAGUGGUUGAAGAGUAUCAAAAGCAGACUCGUAUGAUGACUUUGCUGGAGAAUAUUAUGAACCAGGCAGAGUGUAAGACGCUGGUUUUCGUAGAAACAAAAAGGAAAGCUGACGAUUUAACCAGGGCUAUGCGUCGUGAUGGUUGGCCGACCCUUUGUAUUCACGGUGAUAAAAAUCAAAGCGAAAGGGAUUGGGUGUUAAAUGAAUUCAAGACUGGGAAAACUCCAAUAUUACUCGCGACUGAUGUUGCUGCGCGAGGUCUAGGUAAGGUUGACGGAAAUAGGGACGUGGAUGAUAUAAAGUUUGUCAUCAACUAUGAUUAUCCAAACAACUCAGAGGAUUAUGUUCAUAGGAUCGGUCGGACGGCACGGUGCGAGAAGAAGGGUACUGCGUACACGUUUUUUACACCGAACAACGCCUCGAAAGCCCGUGACUUGAUUAAAGUUAUGAAGGAAGCAAACCAGGCCGUUCCUCCCCAGUUAAUUGAACUUGCUGAAAGGAGCAGCAGUUUAAGCACUAGGAACUCGGGGAAGAGAUAUGGAGGUGGUCUCAAGAGAAGCCAUGGUGACCGAGAAAACGGUAUCUCGAAACGGAGCAGGUAUGACGGCCCUUACACAGCAUCAAGGAAAGAAGAUUUUUGGAGCGGAGGGCCCCAAUAUGGAGAGAAUAGUGGACAGUGGUGA